AUCAAUGGAGAAAUACUUAGUACCUGCAGCUCCGCCUUCUCAAACUGCUAAGAAAUCCAUCACCAAAAGACCUAGAUGGAAGAGAAGUCUGGUGGAGUUGAUCGGAAAAUUUGAUUCAAAGUAUCGUCACAAUAUUUCUAGCUUAGCCAUGCAAUCCUAUUCUCAGAUUAGAGCGUUUCCUCAUGAGUAUCAUAUUGAUGGUUCGCCAUGCCAAACUCAUGUGGAGUGGUUUGCUGGUGGUUCCAAUAAUCCGAGAUCGGUGACGAUGCAGGGUGUAUCAGCAGUGGAAUUUGAUAGCAAGGGGAUUUACCUGGCCUCAGUCACAAAGUCAGGUUGUUUAACUGUUCAUGAUUUUGAGGAGCUCUAUUGCCAGGUAAGCCUGAAGAAUUUUAUAGUAAAAGAAGAUGAGACAAAGCAAGUUCUGCACAUUUCUGCACAUCAGCCGCUGGAUGUUGUUAGAUGGAACCUUGCAAAUGAAGAUGAGGUUGCCUUGACAUCUAGAAAAAGUGGAGAACUUCAUAUCUAUGAUAUUGGAUAUAUCUCCUCUGAACCUGUUGAAGUAUUGAAAAAGAGGCCUACAAUUGGUGUUCAUGGUUGUGUUGUACAGAAGGGUUUAUCUGAUGUAGCUUUUUCUUCAAAUGAUAAGUCAAGGGUACUUGCUUCUGAUAUGCUUGGUAUGGUUAAUAUUUGGGAUAGAAGAAUGAGUAAUCUUCCGUGUCUUGAUCUGACAACGAAUUCUACCAGUGCAAUUAAUAGUAUCAAGUUUAACAUUGAUAAUCAGGUUAUUUUUGGGGCUAGCAAACAUGGCGUUAUCUAUAUGUGGGAUCUACGUGGAGGAAGCUCAUCAGCUGCUUUCCAAAAUAACAAAAUGCAGGCAUAUUAUUCUCCUAUAACAUCUGUGAAGCUAGCCUCUGAAUUUGAGAAAAUUGGAUCUUUGAAGGCUCAAUCAAAUAUUGUUCCGAAGGAGAUACUUUCAGUUGACCUCAAUCCAUCUUGCCCAUAUCAAUUAGCAUUUCAUCUUGAUGAUGGCUGGUCAGGUGUUUUUGAUGUCCAUAAUUUGCAAGUGACACAUAUUCAUUGCCCUCCCCCAGCCUGGUUGGAUGACUUCAAUGACUUGGCCAAUUUGUCAUACAUUAGAAAGCCAUCCUGGUUACCUUUGUCCUCGAUAUAUGCAGUGGGAUCAUCUUCCAGAACAGGACUUCAUCUUUUAGAUUUCUAUCCACGCUGCACAUCCCCCUGUCAUGUGGACAACGAGGAUUCUCAGGACAUGGUCGCAAAUGGUCAGCAUAAGCAAAAUACAUUUAUUCCACUCUCCGAAGCUGUCACAGCAUGUACUGCUCAUCCGGUUCAUGGUGCCAUUGUGGCUGGAACAAAGAAAUCAUCUUUACUGCUGCUUUCCCAAGGAUUCAUGCAACGCCAAGAGGGAGAUGACUCUCCAAUCUAAUUCUUGGGAUCCAACAAUGGAAGCCUAUCAUUUACGAGCCUGCUGAAACAUCUAACUUAAGACGCUAGAGAUUAUUGCCUUUGUUGUUGCUGUGGUAUGCAUUAAAGGGUUAAAUAAAAUAGACCAUUUACAUUGCGCUCUUUGAAAGACAGUGGAGAAACAGCAACAGCAAGGCAAUCAGCAUUUUCAGCUCUUUUUAACUUGCACAGAGAGUGAGGGUAAUACCACUGAGGCUGAUAUCAUACAGCACACCGAGUGCAGGUUUAAAAAGUUCUAUGGCUUAUGUUUAAGUAUAUAGGUUGCAAAGGUAUUGUUUGUCUUUAACAUUUGAUCAUAUUUGUAUGUAAAAUAGAAAAUGGUAGCUUUUUGUGGCUGCAGUUUGCUUCACUGAUUGCCAAUCCUUUUUGGUAAUUAGACUUAUUACAUCAUUUUUAACUUAUUAAAUA